GGUAUCCAGGGUUGAAAACGUCCCGGAGGCUGGGUGAGAUGUGCCGUAUACACCCCCUGGGAAAUUCUGCUUUUUGGUGAUGAAAAAAUGAAAAUAGUGUUUCAGUAUUAAUAAUUCAACGCGUUAUCAAAUAUUUAACAAUACAUGUGGACCAAUAACAAAUUAUAACAUAUCAAUCAAAAUACAUAAUAUAUUAUAAUAACAAUCGAAGUAUAUUUUGAAAGAAAAGAAACAGAGAGCAGAAUAGUAAAGGAUAUUAUUUUAUCAAUGUACAUACGUACUACGCGUGGUAAAGUAUUCAUUCUACAUGCACUUUACGCAUAAUUAUAUACUUAUUGUUAGGUAGAUGUAUUUGGAUCGUUCAAUGCGGGAUGAAGUACAAGUGGUGUGCUAUGACAGAUAUGUGAACUGAUGAUAAAGGAUGAAAAUUGAAGAACGGAGUUGUUUGAUUGGAUUUCAAACGAGUCAGUUAGUUUUUUUUGGGAUCUGUAUUCAGACGAGUUUUUGUAAGACGAUCCAGGCCGAGCCGCUCGUGUCACUUUCCGUAACACCUACAACCAGAGUUGGUCAAACGGCCUUCAUUACAGAAUGGCGUUGGGUAUCCGACGAACGGUUCAAUACCGUUGGCACAUGGAAUCCCGGGCCACGACUCGAUCACGUUUUCUUCUCGUACAAAGGGGACCAGUGGCUUUACGGCGGGCAUAUCAACGCCAAAAAUUAUUACGAUCUCUGGCUUGCAAGCGGCAACGAACCGUGGACGAGAAUACCUCUGCCUUCCGGCCUGAUUCAAGCUGGACCACCGAAAAGACCUGCUCUCUGUGUCGUCGAUGGGACCCUGGCUCUGUAUCCCCUCGCAGGAGAUACCGUGUGGCUUUUAGACGUGAAAGAUAACGUGUGGACGGCUUUUGUCUGUUUCGGGAGUUCCGUCAUCGUGGCAAAUGGAACUGCAAAGAACUACUGUCCAGGUAAUCCAGGUCGGAACGCUAUAUCGUGGUGCGACGCUCAGGAAGGACGCCUUUCCGUCUAUUCCGGAAACGUGACUUGGUCUUUCAGUCUGUCCCCACCGCACUGGUUGAGCCACGUUAUUUCCGAGCCCGAUGCUUCGCGUUUGUCCCGAUGUUCUCCAUCGUUGCAAGCGGGAUUGGCAGAGAGUGACAAGGCGGGUUUAUAUCUGCUUUGCGAGGAGGACGAUUUCGGUACCAGGAAGGUGCUGAGGCUCAAGGUCAAGCGGAAGGGUGUCCAGCUCGACGAUCUGGGGAGCCUGUCUCUUAUUCCCGGCAACGUGUCCAACCUGGGAAUGACAAUCGCUCAUUGCGACGAAAUUGUCGCCCUCGUUCUUGCCCAGGAAGACAAUCUUCCGGUUUGGGUGAUUGACAACGAAACCGGAUGUCUCGUGAAGACCGGAAACUCCUGGGUGGGAUACGCGCUCAAAUGGCUGCAGAUAUAUUCAGCGGUUGAUUACACGCUAACUUGUGCAGGAAAUACGUACAAACUGAGAAACCCUCGAGUGCAACCCGAGUCAUUGGCGGAAUCUGGAAAGAAAACAAAGUACUGGCCAAAUAGGAGGGGUAGUUUUCAGAUGAGCUUAAUAGAGCUGGGCGAACUCAUAAAGGUCGAUCAGGACGGCCUCCACCUCUACCAUAAUCGAACCGCGACCGAGGCCUUGGUGUUCUUUGCGUUGAGCCUGCUAAUGUUCCUAACUUUCGGAGUUGCAUGGUUCUUCAAACGGUGCGUGACCAUGCCAACAGCUCCAAGAGGGUGGCCCGGAAGUUGGGGAAGGUCGGCAGUUUCGGUGGUUGCCGGUGAUUGCACACCGACCGCACGCUAUACCCCCAUACCUCGUGGAGAAAUUGGAUUGAUUACUUGACCGCGGUUCACAGGAUCCGUGCUCAGAAUUUCCCGCAUGCCUAUGUAGGUACACCGUACAGCUUCGGUGUCGUUAUACGUAUCACUCAAUGAAUCGUUCUAGUUUUUCUUCAUGAAUAUGGAGUAGAUGUUAUACCUUUCCCAGUUUGACCAUGGUGGAGUUUGAUCGCUCUGAAUGACCAGAAAUACUACACUUCAGUUUUCACGGCCACAUUUUACUCGUACGCAAUUCUAGACAAUGCAGAUACAUAUCACUAUAAUAUGUCAAUAUCAGAACUGCAUAAAACGGCCUAUUUCAUACUGUCUUAAUGGGUUACAGAAAUUAGUUUGUCAUUCUUUUACCGAUUAUAGGCAGCGGUGGAAAUUUUAACAGAACCGAAUAUCGUUCGGCGCUGCGAAUUAAUAAAAUGAUGAAAUCACUCUGAAAA